UAGUUUUAGACGCUCAUGACUUAGUGACACUCUGAUGUUUGGGGUUCGUUUCCGUAUUUUUCUAUGUUAUAUUUAGAGUUGUUAUAGUUUAUGAAAAAUUUAAAUGUGAAAUAUUUUAUUAAAUUUUAAUAAUCAAAUUAGUAGUAAUAUUUUAGGAAAUAGGUUUGUCUUAUAACACGAUAAACGCCAUCACGAUCAUGGUUAGGUUUUGAGUCGUGACAAAUACCCAAUAAACUAAAAGUGUGAUGGGUGUUUUAGUUUAGCAACUCUAUGUUAGAGAGGUGAGAAAUACAUAAAAAUCACAAAGAAGAGAAUACACAGUUUUUGAAGUAAUUAAUGAGGUAUUACUCAUACUUUGAAAGUAUAAGAAAAAAGCCUCACAGCAAAUACCGAAUAAAAGAUUCAUCGAGAUUUCUUCACCUUUAAUUAGAAAUUUUGAGUUUAAGCUUAAAAAAUUAAUACAAUAAUGUGAAAUUCGAAUUAAUCAAUCCAAUAUGAGUACGCACCAAAAAUAAAUAGUACUACAAGAAAAGCACCUAGCGGGAAAGAGUCCAAGGUGUACAAAUGAAAUUGUGGCGAAGUACAAGACAACGUGGUGGCGCAGGGGACACAAUAGGAGGAGCCAAAAGUACAGAUGUCAUACACCAACCUCAUCGACUCACCACCGAAUCUUCCUUUGUUGAGGAAACACCAAUGAUAUUGAUAGGUAGUUGAAGCAAUGAUCUUUCGGCUUUCCUUCUCAAAUUCUUCCCAACUUGUCUCCCUCUCCAAAAACCCAAGAUUACUACACAGUCACCCACACUUGUCCAUGAAUUUGUUCAAGACUCAUGCCUUUGCAGGCAACCCCAUUAAGCUAAAAACCCCUAAACCAAGUGAUCCAUUUUCACCAGCCUCUGCUCUUCACACCCUUAAAACCCUUCUUUUAAAAGGUCAUACAGAUAACGCUUCACCCACUUCCCCUAAUUUCAAGAUCUUGCCUUUUAGAAAGGGAAGGCCUUUAGCUGGCUCACUCAAGAAUUCAACUGAGCCUAAUUGGCACUUGGCUUGGUUGAGUUUUAACGAUUGUAAGGCAUUCUUGGAGAAUUCUUCUGAGGUUAAAUUGAGUGAAGAUUCUUUGGUUUACUUGGGUUCGGAUUCUGAGGGUGAGGGUGAUGAUGUUUAUGUUGUGUACUGGGCUAUUGAUGUCACAGAGGGUGGUAGUCGAUUGGUAAAUGAAUUGGGUGCUAAACAAUUUUGCUUUGUUGAGCUCAGAACUCUCAUGGUUGCCUCUGAUUGGGAAAAUGCUUCUGCCAUGGCUCAACUUGCUAUUGCUGGUCAUGCCAGAUCAUUGCUAGAAUGGCAUACGGUAUCACGUUUUUGUGGAUUUUGUGGAGGUAAGAACAAUUUAAUUGAUGCUGGGAGACGGAAACAAUGCUCUAAUGAGUUGUGCAAGAAGAAAAUUUAUCCUCGAGUUGAUCCAGUUGUCAUUAUGUUAGUUAUUGACAAAGAGAAUGACCGAGUGCUAUUAAGUAGGCAGUCAAGAUUUGUACCUCGCAUGUGGAGUUGUCUAGCUGGUUUCAUGGAGCCAGGAGAAAGUUUGGAAGAGGCUGUGAGAAGAGAAACAUGGGAGGAGACUGGUAUUGAAGUUGGACAAGUUGUGUACCAUAGUUCUCAGCCAUGGCCUGUUGGACCUAGCAGCAUGCCGUGCCAGCUUAUGGUGGGAUUCUUUGCGUAUGCAAAAUCGCUUGAUAUUAAUGUGGAUAAGGUUGAAUUAGAAGAUGCUAAAUGGCACAGUAGAGAAGAUGUGAAAAAGGCGCUCACAUUUGCGGAAUACAAGAAGGCACAAAGGACUGCCGCAGGUAAAGUGGACCAAAUGUGCAAGGGCGUAGAAAGAGGACAGAGCUUGUCUUCCGACUUCAAUGUGGAAAGUGGGGAACUUGCUCCUAUGUUUAUUCCUGGGCCCUUUGCAAUUGCUCAUCAUCUCAUUUCCUCUUGGGUGAAUGGGGAUGAAGCACAAAUUAAACAACUUGCGAGUUCUUUCUCAAACUUAUAGCUUGUUAUUUUGCUAGAGAGCUAUGGAGGAUUGUUGUGGGCGCUCAAAUUGGAUGGAUGUUAUAGUGAAUGCUGAAAUUCAUAGUCAUAGUCAUGAUGGGGGUUCUCUUUCGUCGUCGAAUGCAACAUCUCUUCCCCCCCUCUCAGGCCGCAAUCUUCCGAUGAGACUCAACUAUUAAUCUUGCAGUGAGUGAUGGACUUCCACUGGUGCUGCAAUCAGUGCCUUUUCGAUUUCCAUUGUCCAAGUAACAGCAAAAGUAAAGACUAGGGGAGGUCGUGCCUUUCUGACGAAGAACAAAAGUAUAUAUGAUGUUAAAUUAUACUCCCUCCGUUUCAAUUUAUGUGAACCCAUUUGACUGGGCACGGAGUUUAAGAAAAGAGAGAAGACUUUUAAACUUG